AUGUCGUGCCCUGAGAAGUGCCAGCAGUGCCAGCCCUGCAACCCUUGCUGCCAGCCCUGCGGCCCGACCCCGCUGGCCAACAGCUGCAAUGAGUGCUGUGUCAGGCAGUGCCAGAGCUCCACUGUUGCCAUCCAACCCUCUGCUGUGGUGGUGACCCUGCCCGGGCCCAUCCUCAGCUCCUUCCCACAGAACACCGUGGUGGGAUCCUCCACCUCCGCUGCCGUUGGCAGCAUCCUCAGCUGUGAUGGAGUGCCCAUCAACUCCGGGGGCUUUGACCUCUCCUGCAUCACCAGCUGCUACCGUGGCAGAUGUCCCCCCUGCUAA